CUAUAGUCCUUUUACACGAACCACCAGCAUCCUUCGCUCGCCAAGAUCGGACUCCUUGCGCUAAUUUACGUCUGUCGGAAAAGGCAGAAACACAACCACUGUUUGCGAACUUCAGAUUCUUGCCUGAGGGAAAACGUACAUUCGCUAUUGCAGCACCUCUCGGAUCUCGCGACCUAUUUCUAUCGCACUUAGUAUCUGACGGAAAGCCCAAACAGUAGGAUAAGUCUGGUGGUGUUGCAGAUCUUUAAACAUAUUCCACUCUGUACUAUUCUCGCAAAUCCGAAGAUCCAUUAAUCAUUCCUUGCGCCAUCCCUAUGGCUUCGCAUGACGGAUCCGACUCGAACGCUUCGGAAGGUGGCGUACCUUUCGAUCCCGAACUGCGAGCCCUCCUGGAGCAAAUGCGGGACGCCCCAGAAUCUAUCGCCCCGGAUCUCAUGAAAAUGCAUAUUUCUCGCGACGAAUUGCGUAUCGAUAUGGCCCACUUUCUCAUGAAAGUUCUGCUUGAUUCCAUAACAGACGAGUACUGGGACGCCUUCCUCUCCAGCAAGCUCAUCAAUGUUCUAUUCAUCAUCGCUACUGAUCCCUUCACUUAUGAGGAUUGCAAUCUCAUCAAGAGGGCUAUGAUGUAUCCAACGAGCGUUCUCACUACUUUACUAAGAUUCUGCGAGUACUUAGGCCAACAUCUCCACCAACGCCGCCAUCGGGAGCACACACACUAUUUUCUACGUAGAUGUGGGAAGCUGUUCAUAACUUUAUGGCACCAGCGUCUCUGCUUGCUGGAAACUGAGAAUCGUGCACCGGGUGGAAUGGAUUACAAGAAUCUCGUACAAAUGCUCACUAUUCAAGUCUCGCUACUCCAACGCGACGUGUAUAAGGGGAAGCCAUCACCGCCUAUCGAUGGCCAUAUCCAUCUCUUGCUAUGGCGUUGGAGCACUGUCUGCUUGGAGGACUCAGAGCUCUUGCUGACACAUUUGAACUAUGCUGUGAGAGACGCGGUCAUGGUAGCUUCAGAACCAAUCAAUAGGGCCACUAGGGAAGUCCUCAUUGAUGCCGACUAUGCCAUGCCAUUCUUGCAAAAAGUACAUUCGUACUUAGCGCAAGACGAGGUGGUGGACGAUCAUUUAAUGAGUUGUUUUUACAUCCUCAUGACAUGCCUCAGCACUUGUGCUGAGCUUGUCAACCUCGCAUGGAAAUCUUCUUACGGCCGUUACAACUUCUUGGAGGUCGUCGCACUCGCCUGUCAGAGACAGUGGUGCCUUGGUACCCACAAUGCGGCAGAUGUGGUAUUCGGCGGGUUGACAAGUAUAUGCCUUAUGACAAAUAACGCUCAUGACGACGACGCGCACCUCUCAACCAUGAUUAGAUCAGUCAGAGUGUUAGAUAUUCUACCAAUGAUUUGCCGUUUCGCCGCAACACGGCCAUCCGAGCCCAACAACCACAUGUCUGAGAUCGUCACACGAUUGAUCUACACCCAAGCGGGUUUGCAAACGCGACUGCAAGGUGAUGUGUCGCGGACGGCGAUGAAGUUUCGCGAAGACCAACGAGAACUUAUGCGUAAGUCUUGGUCCCCAGCGAUGGAAAGUUUCAAAGCCUCUCCUCCGGACCAGCAGGAUCCUCGGUAUCAAAGCUAUCUAUCCCUUCAGGAGAUUGGGCGCACUCUCAAUAUGGAUGAGAAAUCAACUGAGACCCCUUACUUCCCUGGAUAUGAUACAUGCAUCCAGAGCUGUCACUUUGCCGACUGCCUGUGCUCACACAAACGCCCUUUGCAUGCCUUGAGAGUAUGUAAAGGGUGUUGGAGGGUUUACUACUGUGGUCGCUCCUGUCAGAUCGCAGAUUGGCGGGCAGGACAUAGGGAAGAUUGUUGAAAGCGUCUAGAUGCUACUGUCAAUUAAUGGAGGAAGUUUUCGUCUUUCUGGGUAUCAGUGUAGUUUCGAAAGGCCAGUGAACUGCAUAACCUCUCGUGAACACUAAUGCUUCUGUAUUUUUGAUACCAGUUAUGGCUGUAUUUUGGGAUAAUGUCGUUAUUUAAGCCAGAGAAUGGCCCAAUGGGGAAAUUUGAAUGAAUAAACAACGAAUACUGAACUUUCACCUGCUUCGCCCAAGCUGAGCCCGAAUUCUCUUCCGACGAACAAGUUCGGGGAUACCAUGACAAUAGUCUUCUCAAAGUUUUGAUAGACGUUAUUACAACAGAAUGUGCUCUGUAUGGGGAAUGUAUAAUGUUAAAUGAUGAUUUAGC